AUGGGGAUUGGUCAUUCUGCAUUAAGCCCCCUACCUCCCUACUACUUCACUGUCACCUUCCGACAACCCGAUGAGCUCUGGAUAUUCCAACCUCCUGUUAAACUUCUCCUUUUCAUCCGAUCCCUUCUGAUUUACCUGUGGCCGGAUGAGCCCAUCCAACAAAAGCAAUGCAAUGGUAAGCCCAGCAGGCGGUCAAAGAAGGCAGACGACGGCCAAGCUAAGCCAAAUGUCAUGGCCAACACGUUUUUCCGAAUUCCGGGCAGACCGUUUGUUUUGCCCAGUGACACGCACGGCAUCCGGGAAAGCGGAAAGGCGUAUAAAUUUGCUACGAUCCUGAUUUCCUACGUCCAUCAUCUGGGAUACGCACUAGUCUCUAGUGGACAUUUUAUCCGCGGAAUUGAGGCGUACACGUGUAUCUUUCGACUCAAGCAGGGUCUCCAAGCGAGUGCAGGUGAAUUGCCGCAAGACGCCGUGCCUGGAUCCCACUUUUUGACUAACAAGAAUGCCUGCUUCCGGCGUAGGAAACGCGAAAACUCAUUUGACUGGUCAUCUUUUCACCCCUUUUCCGCUGUUGGUCUGGAAGGUUGGAAUAGGAUCUACUUUAUAAAUAUCAACAAAGACCUGUUUGCGGAUAUUAAGACAGCACUGCAGGAGCUUUGGGUAGAGGGCUUUGAACAAGCCGGCUGCCUCCAUUUUUCAGCGGAAAGUAGCCUUCCCCCUGUCUCCGGAGCGGAAACCGACUUUCUGUUGGAAUUUUGCGGUCAUCCCUGGGAUUCCUACAAACCUCACUCCGACCUUAGUCCCUACCUUCUCAUGCGCAUCCUGGAAAAAAUGACGCAGGCCAACUUUCAGUUUAUCUGCAACGUUAAUUUCAGAGGAAGUCUGGACACACUUCUGUUUGCGCCAAAGCAAGAAGCGAGUAGCAGUAUGACUUUUUCCAGAUCCAUGACACAAGCCUACUUCGUCCUCUGUCAUCAAGACUGCGUUCGCGUUUAUAAUGGAAGUGAAGCCUUGUGUGGCUGGGUGAGCCGAUUGUUUCAGCAAAUAUGGGCGCCUGGUGUGAUGAUGGAAAAGCAGGUAACUUUUACCAACAAUGUCCCAGAAGAGGCUGAACCUGGAUUUGACACAUUCAAAGAAGCAGCAGGUGCAAAUGAAAAAAACGGGAGUGGAGAAGACCGAAACCUCGGGUAUACUGAAAUUAGGUUGAAUGGAUGUCCCUGGUGGAUUGCGGAGUGGAAUAAGGAUGCUCUUCUGGCAGCAAAGUACCUAAUGACACGAUUUGGCAGCGUCCUUGCUCUGACGGGAUGGCGGUGUUUUGCAUCGGUUAAUAUGUACUGUAGCCCGUACGACAAGUGUCUUCUGAUUUUUGAAAAAGAACUGGGUACAAAAAACGAACAAACGACAAUGGACCUGGAGCAAAUUGAGUUACAUGAGAACACAUCUAAUAAACUCUGCAAGCCCAUUGACCUUUUGAUGCCCGUAUGUAUAUCAACAUACGAUACCGACCAAAUUUGCAUCCUCGGAGGUUCGACAGUGUUCCUUCGUCAUCUUCAUAUGCGAUUCAGCAAUCUCUUUGGCAGUGCAAAAUACCUCAGCGACAAAGAUGAACAUGCGCUCAAGGACGCUGAGGAACCUGAGUUUGCCUUUAAGAACUGGAUGCCUCUGAAGGGCUUUUUUGUUCCGGAGACACUGCACUGCAAAUUGCUGGACGAAAAGACACUGCUCUGUUUAACAAUCACGUCAGAAAAGUCUCAUUUUCCUACGCAUAAUACUGCCCUGAUUUCAAUCAAUGACAAUGAUCCGGAUAGUUGUCUGGAAUAUGGGCUUACUUAUCAGCCCUGGGAUGGCCUUGUUAACUGGCCACCUAAUACAUAUAAGAAAGCUGCGGACAAGAGGAUAAACAAAUACCUUUGUCGUCAGCUACCGCUUUCGCUGUUAUGUUGGAUUCAUGAAUUAGUCGUUACAACUCCAUCCGGUCCGGCCACACUGACAAGCGGAACUGUAGAGGACCAGGAUGCGAUUGACACAAUUUCAGAUACACCUUUAAAGAAGGGUUCUGAAAAUGAACUAUUUUUGUGCACUGAUUAUUCCUCUGUCACUAAACAUUCACCCCCGACAUGGAUGUAUUUGGUCCGAGAAAGAAAAUAUGACUUAGUUACCGUUUCCGGAAAUGCUAGAGUAAACUUUUAA